CUUGGAGGUCCGCAGGGAGAUUUAUGACAAAGUCCAGUUUUCAAAGAUGUCAAAACUAAAUGACUGCUUGUUUUCUGUGGAUAGUUUGUUUUUUGAAAACCCAGAUGAAAUUGAAAACUAUCCAGACAAUGAAAAAUCAUUGGAUUGGUUUCUCCCUCCUCCUCCGUUGAUUUCAGAAAUUCCAGAUACUCAGGAAUUAGAGGAGGAAAUAGAAAGUCAUAAACUGCAAGGUCAAGAAAAUAAUCCAAAAAUGUUAAUGUCAAAUUUAAAGAUUACUAAUGAAGACAUAAAUUAUAUUUCACCAACACAAAAAUUCCAGUUUCCCUCUUAUAAAUAUGAAUGUGAUUAUCUAAAUUUAGGAGUAGCAGGUAUUAAUGACUCAUCACAUGUUGCUGGCAAGCUGACAUAUGGUUCUUCUCAGAAAUAUACAAACCACAUGGGCACCAAGAUAGCACCUGAGGAAACUGUUCCUGAUGAUGCAAAAUUAGGUAACGUUAUAGAGGAAAAGGGAGAGAGCACACCAGCAUUUCGAAAAAGAUUAUUUAAAAUAUGUGACAGUAUGCAUGGAGGUACUUAUUCUAAUAACAGUGCAAACUUGGACUCUGGAGUUAACUCAGUGAAAAUUAUUCAAACAGAAAUGAACAAGGAGAAAUCAUGGAACUGUAGCAAUAAUAAGCAAAAACCUCAAUCAAACAUGUUUAUAGCAAAUGAAGCUUUUUCAUCUUCUGAAAUUGGAGAUGACAUACUAAAAGUACCAUCAUUUUCACUUGCAUCCCAACCUCAUAAUAUUCAAGGGGUAACCAGAAGUGGUAUAGGUUCCUUGAAGGCUGUCACAGAAAUUCCGGCAAAAUUUAGAAGUAUUUUCAAAGAAUUCCCAUAUUUCAACUAUAUACAGUCCAAAGCCUUUGAUGAUCUUCUUUAUACAGAUAGAAAUUUUGUAAUUUGUGCUCCAACUGGUUCUGGAAAAACUGUAAUGUUCGAACUAGCUAUAACAAGAUUGUUAAUGGAAGUACCAUUGCCAUGGUUGAACAUUAAAAUUGUUUACAUGGCACCAAUAAAAUCCCUAUGUAGUCAGCGUUUUGAUGACUGGAAAGAAAAAUUUGGACCAAUUGGAUUGAAUUGUAAAGAACUCACUGGAGAUACAGCUAUAGAUGACCUAUUUGAGAUUCAGCAUGCCCAUAUUAUUAUGACAACUCCAGAGAAAUGGGAUAGCUUGACUAGGAAAUGGAGAGACAACUCUUUGGUUCAACUGGUGCGACUAUUUCUCAUUGAUGAGGUACAUGUUGUAAAAGAUGAAUAUCGUGGUCCAACUCUUGAAGUUGUAGUCAGCAGAAUGAAAACUAUACAGUCUUUAUCUCAGCCUUUAGAAAAUACUAGCACUUUUAUCCCAAUGAGAUUUGUAGCUGUGUCUGCAACAAUUCCAAAUGCUGAGGAUAUUGCAGAAUGGAUUUCAGAUGGUGAAAGACCUGCUGUAUGUCUGAAAAUGGAUGAAAGCCAUAGACCUGUGAAACUUCGGAAAGUGGUCCUGGGAUUUCCCUGCAGUAGUAACCAAACUGAAUUUAAGUUUGAUUUAACCCUCAACUACAAAAUUCCCAGUGUUAUACAAACAUACUCUGAUCAGAAGCCCACACUUGUGUUUUGUGCAACUAGGAAAGGUGUGCAACAGGCUGCUUCUGUUCUUGUGAAAGAUGCUAAAUUUAUUAUGACUGUGGAACAGAAACAAAGGUUACAGAAGUAUGCAUAUUCCAUAAGAGAUUCAAAACUGAGAGAUAUCCUAAUACAUGGUGUUGCUUAUCAUCAUGCUGGCAUGGAACUGUCAGAUAGAAAAGUAGUUGAAAGAGCUUUUACUACUGGAGAUCUACCAGUUCUUUUUACUACCAGUACUUUAGCUAUGGGAGUAAACUUGCCUGCUCACCUAGUAGUUAUAAAAUCUACAAUGCAUUAUGCUGGAGGGAUGUUUGAAGAAUACAGUGAAACAGAUAUUCUACAAAUGAUCGGUAGAGCUGGUCGUCCUCAAUUUGACUCUACAGCUACAGCAGUUAUUAUGACUCGGUUAAAUACAAGAGAGAAGUACAUUCAAAUGUUAGCUUGUAGUGACACUGUAGAAAGCAGUUUGCACAGACAUCUUAUUGAACAUUUAAAUGCAGAGAUAGUAUUGCAUACCAUCACAGAUGUGAAUGUUGCUUUGGAAUGGAUACGAUCAACUUUGCUUUAUAUCAGAGCCUUGAAAAACCCAUCUCAUUAUGGUUUUACAUCUGGAUUGAACAAAGAUGGAAUUGAAGCAAAAUUACAAGAAUUAUGUUUGAAGAAUCUGAAUGAUUUGUCAUCUCUUGACUUGAUAAAGAUGGAUGAAGAUGUUAAUUUCAAACCAACAGAGGCAGGAAGACUGAUGGCUUGGUAUUAUAUUACAUUUGAAACAGUGAAGAAAUUUUGUACAAUCAGUGGAAAAGAAUCUUUAUCAGAUCUGGUUGCAAUGAUAGCUAGCUGCAAUGAAUUUCUAGAUGUGCAGUUAAGGAUAAAUGAAAAGAAAACACUGAAUACUUUGAACAAAGAUCCAAAUCGGGUAACCAUCAGAUUUCCAAUGGAAGGAAGAAUUAAAACAAGGGAAAUGAAAGUAAAUUGUCUUAUACAGGCUCAAUUAGGAUGUAUUCCAAUACAAGAUUUUGCUUUGACACAAGACACCUCAAAGAUUUUCAGAAAUGGCUCACGAAUUACAAGAUGGUUGUCAGAUUUUGUGGCUGCUCAGGAAAAGAAGUUUGCCGUACUGUUGAAUAGUUUGAUUUUAGCUAAAUGUUUUAGAUGCAAGCUAUGGGAAAACUCUCUGCAUGUAUCCAAACAGCUAGAAAAAAUUGGUAUAACAUUGUCAAAUACCAUGGUAAAUGCAGGUUUGACCUCCUUUAAAAAAAUAGAAGAUACAGAUGCAAGGGAACUUGAACUGAUUUUAAAUAGACACCCCCCUUUUGGAACCCAAAUAAAAGAAGCUGUGUUAUAUCUGCCAAAAUAUGAACUUGAAGUGGAACAGAUUACAAGAUAUAGUGAUACUGUGGCUGAAAUAUUAGUGACCAUUAUAUUAAGGAACUUUGAACAGCUACAAAAUAAAAGAACAGCACCAGAUUCUCACUAUGUUACCUUAAUCAUAGGUGAUGCAGAUAAUCAAGUGGUUUUUAAGCACAGAGUUAUGGAUUCUGCUUUGAUCAAAACUGGAAAUUGGACUAAAAAAAUUGAUGUGAAGAGAGCUCUUAUAUCUGAAGAUCUUAGCAUAAAUCUAAUUAGUUCUGAUUUUGUUGGACUUGAUAUUCAGCAGAAAUUUACAGUCUUUUACUUAGGACCCAAGAGGUUUGGAAAUCAAAUAAUUAUACAAAGAAAAUCAGAAAUGGAGAUUUCCCAUUCUAAAUAUUCAGCUGGAUCUACUGUAGCAGGCCCCAAUAAAGGAAUAACUCUCUGCAAAAAACCUGGGAACCGAGAAUGUAAUCAUCACUGUAAAAAUAAACAUACAUGUGGACAUGACUGCUGUAAAACUGGAGUUGCACAGAAGUCAGAUAUUAAAGAACCAACAAUUUCUUCAUAUUUAUCUGAUUUAAGAAACAGGAAUGCUGUUUCAUCUCUUCCUCCAGUUAAACGUCUCAAGGUACAGAUGAAUAAAUCUCAAAGUGUGGACCUUAAAGGGUUUGGUUUUACUCCCAAACCUUCCCUUCCUAGUUUAUCAAGGUCAGAAUAUUUAAACAUACCUGAAUUGCCUGUAAUGGAGCAAUGUGAUCAGCACGAAAUCCAUGGAAAAGUUCAACAAGAGCCAUCUGAAUAUCAAGACAAAAAGGUUUUGAAUGUGAACUUUGAAUUGGGAAAUGAAGUUUGGGAUGAUUUUGAUGAUGAAAACUUAAUAGAAGUUACUAACUUUUCGGUUGAUACUAAGAAUAUAAAGACACCAGGGUCUGAAAACACUUUGAUUUCAAGUAUCAGGGGAAGUAAGCUACCUUUCCAACAGUCAAAGAGCAAAUUCCAAAGAGAAAUGUCAAACAGUUUUGUUUCGUCACACGAGAAGCCAGCCAUUUGUUUGUCAAAUUCUGCUAUGUCCAAGUUUGAUAUAUCCUCCAUGACACAAUUAUCUCAACAAGCUGGAAAUGCAAAUAUUGACCAUUUACAGGAAAGAAAAAAGCAAUGUUUGUCACCAGAGAUUGAGAAACUGUCCUUUACUCACUUCAAAAAUAUAUCAAAUUUUUCAAAUUUCAAGAAAGUAGAUUUUUUUUUUAGAAACAGUGAAUCCAUAAAGGAAGUUGAUUCCAGUAGAUAUCAUCCUGAUGAUGAAGCUGAGGAAAUGAAGUCUUUUCUGGGAAUAUUUGAUGGCAUUUUCUAA